AUGAACGAAAUCAUACGCUCUACAAUUUGCAGGUGGCUGAAGAAGAUUCAGCAAACCAAAGCGAAGAUCAACAAGAUGGAGAGACUGAUGCGUUUCAAAGAGAAGUUUCAUACCAAGGUCCAUGACUCGUCGAAUUUCAUGGAUCCUAGGAUUACUCUUGCUUGGUGCAAGCGUAAUCAAAUACCAAUUGAAAAGGUACUCAACGAGUCUCUUAUAGAGAAAUUCGCUUGGGUGAUGAAUGGAGAAUCAGACUUCAAGUACUGAUGCUAUUGGAGCUGACUUUUGACUACUUGUUUAUGUUGUUUUUUUGGUUAAAGUACUGAUGCUAUUAGAGCCGACUUUUGACUAUUUUGUGGCUUUUAUGUUUCUUGUCAUGUAAAACAUUUGGUUUUUUACCAUGUCGAAUAUUAUGGUACUAAGUAA